AUGGCAAAUAAUCAUAGCACUGUCGAGGGUGAAAUCUAUACUGAUCCUACAAUGGUGCCAUUUGAAUGUUGUCCAAACAGAGAGAAAAUCCUUUCGUCGUCGUUUUCCUUUGGGCAACUGUGCCGAAUCGGUACCUUGGCAGGCCAUGCAUGGACAAAAGAAGAACUGAAGACACCGUGUUGUUUUAUGGUCCCAAACAUUCAAUCUAUUGAAGAAAGAAUUUUGGAAAGUGUGUUUCCAGUGCCGAAUGGUGAGGAGCAGGGUGAACCUCGAGAAGGUUGCGAUAAUUCGAAGUCUCUACUUAUGUUAGUCGAAAUGAUCGCAAAUAAAUCAGAUCAUAAACGCGUUGCAAAAUCUCUUGGCUGUAAACUCGAAGGUGGAGAUAUUCCUGGUUGCAUUAGUUACAUGGAAGACAUUAAAAUGUAUUAUGGUUUUGAUAAUAUCAUUAUCAUCGGAGAACUUCAUUCUGGAAUUCUUUUUUUUGGACUGCUACAGUUGUGUGUUCGUGUGGGAAGAAAUGUGUAA